AUGAUUAAUGUACCAGGUUUCAACGAUCCAAAUGCUACCGUUGAACUCAAUGAAGACGUCGAGGAUACUGUGAAAAAGAAAGGUGGCAAAAGGGGCAGUGGAUUUCAGUCCAUGAACCUCAACUACAAUGUCCUCAGAGGUAUUACUAAAAGGGGUUACAAACAACCUACCCCUAUUCAGCGAAAGACAAUUCCUCUUAUCAUGGAAGGAAGAGAUGUGGUGGCAAUGGCACGCACAGGUAGUGGAAAAACUGCUGCAUUUCUUAUCCCCAUGUUGGAAAAACUGAAAGUCAGAAGUGCAAAAGCAGGUGCUAGAGCAUUGGUAUUAGCCCCUACAAGAGAACUUGCUUUACAGACUUUGAAGUUUAUCAAAGAGAUAGGCCGUUAUAUGGGUUUGAAAACAGCUAUCAUUCUUGGAGGAGAUCCAAUGGAUGAACAGUUUUUGGCUAUCCAUGGGAACCCUGAUAUCAUUGUGGCCACUCCUGGCAGAUUUUUACAUGUAUGUGUUGAAAUGGAGCUGAAAUUGAGUAGCAUUGAGUAUGUUGUACUUGAUGAAGCUGAUAGAUUAUUUGAGAUGGGAUUGGGAGAACAGUUGACAGAGAUAGUCAGGAGGUUACCAGAUACUAGGCAAUCUGUUUUAUUUUCAGCUACUUUGCCAAAAGUGUUGGUUGACUUUGCCAAAGCUGGCCUUACAGAUCCUGUACUCAUAAGAUUAGAUGUUGAAACAAAAUUACCAACAGAAUUACAGUGUUGGUAUUUAGCAGUAAGACCUGAGGAGAAGUUAGCAGCACUUUUAGUAUUGCUGAAGUCUCAUAUUGAACCUAAACAACAAACUAUAAUUUUUGCUGCAACUAAACAUCAUGUAGAAUAUUUACACAUGGUUCUAGAUACAGUAGGUAUCAGCAACACCUAUAUUUAUUCAAAUUUGGACCCUUCUGCAAGAAAAAUCCAUGCAGCUAAAUUCAGCUUGGGGAAAGUUAAAGUUCUGAUUGUAACAGAUGUAGCUGCUAGAGGUAUUGACAUUCCUCAGCUAGACAAUGUGAUCAACUACAAUUUUCCUGCCAAGCCAAAAUUGUUUGUCCAUCGUGUUGGUAGGAGUGCUAGAGCAGGUAGAUCAGGUACGGCCUAUUCCCUAGUAGAACCUGAUGAGUUUGCUUUUUUGUUGGACUUGCACUUGUUUUUGGGGCGCCCCCUCUCAAUAGCCUCACCAUCAAACAAAAAUGGGGAUGUUGGUAGGAUACCUCAGUCUCUUCUGGAGGAGCAGCACAGCUCUCUGCUUAUUCUGCAUGAUGUUAACAAUGAUUUGGUGAGUGCAAAGAAAGUGUCAGAAAAUGGAUAUGAACAGUACUUGAGGUCCAGACCGGCUGCAUCUUCAGACAGUAAUAGGCGCAUAAAAGAGUUGCCUUUGUCAACUUGCUCUAUUCAUCAUCUGUUCAAAGGUAUCCAAGAUAAGGAUGAAGAUGUCAAAGAAGAUCUCUUGGAUAAAAUGAAGAGUUACAGACCACAAGGGACGAUUUUCGAGAUAUGCGGCAAAACCAAAUCCCAAGAAUACCGAGUGAUGAAGGAAAAGCGAGCCCGCCACAAGGAACGCAUCAACGUCCAUCGACAGCUGGUGCAGCAGAAACAGCACGAAUCCGAUCUUCUGACGGCCAAAGAGGCCUGCGAGAGCCUUUUGCCAUCGAGCAACGCGGAAGACAUCGAAGGCGCCUUCGCCAGAGUGGUGGUGCCGAAGAAGAGGAAGCUGGAGGUGAUGUACCGGAAGGACAAGAAGAUGAGGAUGAUGCGGGACGACAAUUAUAUACCGUAUAUGCCGACGGAUCGUCAUACGGAAAUGGGAUUGGCUGUAAACAACUUCCAAAGCGAUGCCUCGGGGGCUCAACUAGAUUUGGUGGGAGACUCGUCAGAAACUUUGAAAUUGAAUAAGCAGAUGAAAGUGUGGGAUAGAAAGAAAAAGAAGAUGGUCGCCGUUCCUAACUCUAAAGUGGGAAAAAUCAGAACAGAAUCAGGUGCAUGGAUUCCUGCAACUUACAAGAGUAACCGCUAUGCUGAAUGGAAAGAGAAAACGAAAGCUGGACAGGCCGAUGACGAUGAUGGUGAUGAUGAAGAAGGAGCCCGUCCGAAAAGAGAAUCUGUGGGAAAACCGAAUACACAUUGGGCAAGAUACAACGAGAAGGUGAAGAUGAAGCAGAGGAAAUCAGAAAUGAAGACUUCUGACCAAAUCGUCAAAGCCAGAAUGAUCGCCGAAAGGAAAAAACAAAAAUCUAAGGGAAAGAAGAAAGGGAAGAAUAAAUCGAAAAAACGAUCAUGA